AUGAAGACUGCAAAACAUUGGCGCACUCAAGCCGAGAGUGCGAUGCGCAAGACGGCAGCCGUACGUGGGUUCACAAUCUUCGGGUCUCCGCCGCCCAUGGGCGUGGGUGGCGGUGGUGCGGGCAUGAAAGGCAUGUUGGGGAGCUCGGGCAGUGUCGGGUUAAGCGCGGAGAUGGGCGUGGAGGCGGUGGGUGCGGCCGAAAGGGGCUUCCACGAGUGCUCUGUGUGCGGGCGCGGCUUCGAGCGCCGCUGGCUACUCACACGCCACCUGCGCACCCACACCGGCGAGAAGCCCUACCAGUGCGCCUUCUGCCCCUUCCGCAGCGCACAGCGGUACAACAUCGUCACGCACACGGUCAAGAGGCACCCGGAGGCCGUGCCCACGCAAGGGCACACGCUGCCCAUGGCCGGGGCCAGGCAGGAGUGGGGGCACAAGGACCUGUGA